CAUCAGUGUUUCAUCAGUCGUGUGUGAAGAAUCACUGAGGAAAGUCACGGAAAAACUCUUCUCCCUCUGAUAGUGAGUUCUUUGAUUCUCAAUUUCGAGUGAGCACAGAUUUUUCUUCUGAGCAAUUUCGCGCGUUUUUACCAAAUUUUUCUGCAAGGCAACAUCGGAAAAUAUCGCGUGUGGAGCAUUUUUUUCAACUGCUCUACAAUUUUCCCAGAAAAAAAAAUAUGAUUAUUUUCUUGAAGACGUGUCUCUGAGUUAAAUCUCCACAUGGUUGUAAAUGAUCUCGUUGGCGGUAAUGUACACAAAUACAGACACAAUAUGGUGGAUGAUAAAUUUUCCAGUGCAAUUUCCUGCUUAGUGAAGAAAUUCCGGGUGAAAGAGUUGCGCUAAAUCGCUGGAUGAUUUGGUGGUGAGACACUGGUGGAGGGUGUGCUGGGGUUGGAUCGUGUAGAAAAGAGUGCCUUUGAGUGGGCCAAAAAGAACAGGAGCGGAGACGUAUCAAAAAAUAAAUAAAUCUUCCACCCAUCACUCCCCAUGGUGUACCUGAACGCGUGUGGAAAUCCCCAUAUUCCGGAAGACGAAAGGAAGAUGGAAAAACAAAUGUUCUCUUCACAUCUUCAUCCCAGCAGAUUGUUUCCCUCUGGGCAGCAAUAAUUGCUGUAUUGUGUUUGUGUAUCCUCGUAUGGUGUUGCGUUUGAUAUCAUUAAAAAAUAACAGUGAAAGUACCACCUAAUUAAUUAGCCAUCGAAAUUGGGAUUCUGUGCAAUUUUACCAUCUAACGACCGUGUACUUCAAUCUGGUCAAUAAACUUAACUUUUUCCUCGCCCACCUCGUGCUCACAUAAAUUUACCAUCAAAGGACGGUUGAGUGUGAAAAGAAGAGAAAAAAACGCAUUUAUGUCGGACAAAUAGUCAAUCACACAGCUACAAAACGGAGGGUUGAAGGCGAGAAGUGAUCGCAAAGAGUGGGCGAACAGGACAAGCAGGACGAAAGCUUGAGCAAGGCAAGGAGCUGGAGCAAAAAGAAGAGGACAUGGCUGCAGCUGCCCCCCGUUGGGAAAAAUUGUCACCAAGCGAAUUUCAGCAGCUCCAAGAACUCGCCUCAUAUUCAACCCGAAAGCUUCAGGAUGUUUUAAGUGAAUUCACAUCCUCUGAAGCGACAAAUCGAUUCCUGCCCGAUGGGGAUAUUGACUAUGAUGGCUUUCGGUGCUUCUUGGACGCCUUCCUCGACUGUGAGACACCAGAGGAGUUGUCCAAGCACCUCUUUGUGUCCUUUGUCAAGCCAGCCAUCAACCUGGCUCAAGUUCAGGGAAAGGCACUCAGUCAGAUGGCGGCCAUCAGCAGCAAUGCCGCCUGUGCUCCAGUCACAUCCCAUACAAAAGGCUCUAUUCCCAAUUUGAAUAGCAUCGUUGAACUACCACCCAAUGUCUCACUUGAGCCUCGGCAGAGUUUCGUUGACAAAAUCCAUGGUCUGACGGACAAAUUGCAAUCGCUGAGUCAUCUAGGACAGACUCAACAUGAUUCCCUAGAUAAGAAUAAAACUGGAUCGGUUCAUCCGCUGGUGACAGUUACGCCUAGCCCAUUAGGAGGAUUACCGCCGCCGAGACGUUCAGCCGAUUCGAGUCCCUCGCACAGUCACAGUCACAGUCACUCCCAAAUCUCUCGCAAUUCCUCGAGGAAGAGUAAUAAUUCCGUCAAUUGCAAAUUAGACGACAUUCGCCUGAUGUCGAGGAAGCAGUCAUUUUUUGAUCCGCUCCAGCUCAAGGUUCCACUGAAGGAUGUCGUGUGCUACUUAUCCCUUCUGGAAGCCGGAAGGCCCGAGGAUAAAUUGGAAUUCAUGUUCCGGCUAUAUGACACUGAUGGGAAUGGCGUUCUGGACACCACAGAACUCGAUGCAAUUGUCAAUCAGAUGAUGUCAGUGGCAGAAUAUAUUGGGUGGGAUGUCUCGGAAUUGAGGCCGAUUCUGCAAGACAUGAUGACGGAAAUCGAUUAUGACGCCGAUGGAACAGUAUCACUGGAGGAGUGGCAGCGUGGGGGACUCACCACAAUACCCUUGUUAGUCCUCCUCGGUGUGGACAACACGCUGAAGGAGGAUGGGAUCCAUGUAUGGCGCCUCAAACACUUCAGCCGUCCGGCCUACUGCAACUUGUGCCUCAACAUGCUGGUGGGUCUCGGAAAGAAAGGACUCUGCUGCACACUAUGCAAAUAUACCGUCCACGAGCGUUGUGUUCAGCGUGCCCCUGCUUCCUGCAUCAACACCUACGUCAAAUCCAAAAAAGCAAAGGGUGGAGCUGCAUUGCAGCACCACUGGACAGAAGGGAAUUGCUAUGGGCGCUGCUCCAAGUGUCGGAAACGCAUCAAGUCUUACCAUGGCAUUAGUGGACUCACGUGUCGUUGGUGCCACAUGACAAUACACAACAGAUGUGCUCCCUCCGUCAAAGCUGAAUGCAACCUGGGCGAGUUCGCCAACCUCAUCAUUCCACCCACAGCAAUCUGUCCGGCUGUCCUGGAUCGACAGCGUUCCGUGAAUGUGUCCAACGUGAAAGGCAAGGCACCAACUCCUGCCCCCAUGCACUUCCAGAUCACUUCUGAACCCUCCACAUGUCCCCUCCUUGUCUUCGUAAAUCCCAAAAGCGGUGGCCGUCAGGGUCACCGGAUUCUCCGUAAAUUCCAAUAUAUGCUCAAUCCACGUCAAGUAUACGACCUCUCUAAAGGUGGUCCAAUGGAGGGACUAGCCAUGUUCAAGGACGUACCUAAUUUCAAAGUUAUCUGCUGUGGCGGAGAUGGAACUGUAGGUUGGGUUCUUGAAGCUAUGGAUUCCGUGGAUCUUCAAGUCCAACCGGCUGUUGGAGUCAUUCCUUUGGGAACAGGUAACGAUUUGGCUCGGUGCUUGCGCUGGGGAGGAGGAUAUGAGGGUGAGAGUAUACCCAAACUCAUGGAUAGAAUAUCUCGGGCGAGUACAGUGAUGUUGGAUAGGUGGAGUAUUCAGGUGACUAACACGGAGCCGGCAGAAUUGCCGAAGCCUAAGGUACUCCAGGUGACACUGUCGGAGAAUGUGCAGCGAGUCGUGGAGCUGUCGCAGCGGAUUAUUGUUGAGAAAUCUGUGAUACAGACGUACGAAGAGAUUCGCCGGAACACCAAAACCACCGAAAUGACCACGGUGGGUGGGAAGGUGAAAACAUCCUCGUCGUCCACGACAAUGGAGAAGCUGAUGGAGUUUACGUCCUCAUCCUCACGGGACAGCGAUGCUUCCCAGCUCAGUGGACUGGAGGCUAAUGGUGGGACCAGCAAUCGCCUCUCGAUGCCCGACACAUCCACCGGACGUGUCGUCAAGAGUGUGAGUGAAGGAGAUCUUCUGCUAGCACGUCCAGCUAGUGCUCCAGAUCGUCAAGAAACCUCAAUUCCUGCCCCACCGAGACCCCUCAAACCGCAAUCUGAACAGGACUUUGCUGUACCCUACAACAUCAUCAACAAUUACUUCUCCGUGGGAGUAGAUGCAGCCAUCUGUGUAAAAUUCCAUCUAGAACGGGAGAGGAAUCCACACAAAUUCAACAGCCGAAUGAAGAAUAAACUGUGGUACUUUGAAUAUGCAACAUCAGAAACCUUCGCUGCUUCCUGCAAAAACCUUCAUGAGAAUCUCGAAAUUAUGUGCGAUGGCGUAUCUCUAGAUUUGGCUAAUGGACCCCAUCUCCAAGGAAUUGCUCUACUCAAUAUCCCCUACACUCAUGGCGGAAGCAAUCUCUGGGGAGAACACCUGUCCCAGAAGCGUAUCAGGAAGAACGGACCAUUUCGAUCAGCCAGAAAAUUCAAAAGUACUGAUAAGGAUCUUUCAACAUCAAGUUUCAACUCAGUUGAUCUUUCCGUGGCUAUUCAGGAUAUAGGGGAUCACCGGAUUGAAGUGAUUGGCCUGGAAAAUUGUCUGCACAUGGGACAGGUGCGGACAGGGCUUAGAGCAUCCGGACGACGACUAGCACAGUGCAGCGAAGUGACUAUAGUCACGAAAAAGACAUUUCCCAUGCAAAUUGACGGGGAACCAUGGAUGCAGGGACCAAGCAGGAUUCAAAUCACACACAAGAACCAAGUUCCAAUGCUGAUGGCUCCGCGGUCAGAGAAAGGCAAGGGCUUCUUCAGUUUCUUAAAGACAAACCUGUUAAAUGUCGUGUAAGUCUUAGCAAAGUAAUAGCGAAUUUUAGGAAGAAAUGUGGCAGAAUUGUACAAAAAGAACCUAGUCUAUCUGUAGCGUUAAAAACUCUAUAAGUAAAGAAAAAAUACUCUUACGUGUAAUUAAUUUUAUGUCAAAAAAAAACAACUAUCAGGUGAAUUGGAAAAUUAUUCACUUUGUAUAAAAGAAUGUUGAUCUGGUUAAAAGCUUCCUCAUAAUUUAAAAUGUAUUUAGUAAACUAUAUAAUGUAAUUAUAACUGAGUAAAACUAGAAUUUAAAAUUAAAUUUAUAAAUAGAAAAAGUGUAAAUCUAGUCAUUUGAGAAAUUGAACUAAAACUUAAGACAUAACGAAUGAGAGAUUUCUGUGAAAAGAAAAAUAUCUUUUAUUGAAGGUGUUUCAAUGAUAUCAAAAUAUAGAAAAAAAGGAAAAUUAUCGAAUCUCUAAAUUGUUAUUCGCGGAUUAUUUUCAAAAUUACUUUCUUUAGUGUCUAAAGAGCAAAUUGUUAUUGAAUAAACAAUAUAUUUGCUUCGGAAACACCACAGUAGCAGUUAACAUAUUGAAAAAAAAACCAAAAGGAUCAUUGAACAAAGGAAAUUGUAAAAGUAUUAAAUUAAUAAGUAAAAAUAUUUUAGAAAAGAUCGUAUAUUCUUGACAAAAUAUUACCAAAAAAAAUGUUAGCAUAAGACAAGAAAAUAAAAAGAAAAUUCUCUGAAGCGUUAGUCUUAAAAAAAAAUUGAAUAAAAGUAAAAAUUUAGAAAACUAUAUUGUAGAAAUAAAAAAAAUACUUAAUAUUGAAAAAAAUAAUAUUAGAAAAAAAUGGAAAAUUAAUAGCUUUUUUCGUGUCUUAGAUUCUGAUCUCAAACAUGAAGGCAAAAAAAACUGAGAUAGAAAAUUUAUCGUUAUUGAUAUUCUCAGUUAAAAAGAAAAAGAAAACUUAGAAUGAAUUAGAAUUUAAAAAGAAGGUGCAACACGCGAUACUUUCAUCUGGAACUCUACUCUUCUCCAAAAAUAAAUACCGAAAUUCUUCAAAUCUUUGUAGAAAUUAUAAAAACAAAAAAAAUGGAGAAAGCUUUAAAAGUAGCAGCAAUUUUUAACUUAUUUUCUUGUUUAAGAGACUCGAAAACGGUAAUAAGGAAACAAAAGGUAUACAGAAAUAUUCGGAGCAAAACUAAAUUAAAAUCCAUAUCAAAAAAACCAAAGCAAAAUGAACCAAUUUAAAUAGUUAAAUAAAACAAGAUUUCAAAAGCUUUAACAGAAUCUUAAAUAAAAGAAUUUCAAGAAUAUUAAUCUUACAAACACUUCAGAUAUACAAAUAAUAUUAAAAAAGGUAUUUCUAUUUAAUUACAAUUUUUUUGUUAUUUCUUUUUUAAAGUAUUCUUUUUUUCAUUUUUAAUGUUAAAUUUAGGCCCAAAAGAAAUGAAUAGAAAAUUUUCAGAUAUUCAAGUAAUUGAUAUUUUGUGAAGAUAUUGCCCUUGUUUAAGUUAUUAAAAGAAAUUUAAAGUAUUAUCAA